AUGACCAACCCCACCCCCAACUCCAAACACCUCCCAGACCUCGUCCCCUCCCUCGAAGACUGCAUCCGCCACCGCCACUCCAUCCGCUUCUACAAACCGGACCCCGUCCCCCAAGACCUCCUAUACGAAUGCCUCUCCCUCGCCCAGCUCGCCCCCUCCAACUCCAACAUCCAAAACUGGCGCCUCACCCUCGCCUCAGGCCCCGCCCGCGACCGCAUCGUCUCCGCCCUGCAACAAGCCUCCCAGGCUCAUGGACCCAACGUCCCGCCGCUGCCGGAGCAGUUCAAACACUUUCGCUCGGAGUUUGGACAUCUCUUGUAUGGCGAGCAGGGGUAUAAUAUCCCGCGCUCCGCGAAGGAGGAACAUAAAGCUGCCACGUUGCGGAAUUAUGAGUUUUUCGGGGCGCCUGUCGCUGGGGUUAUUGCUAUGGAUUCGUCUUUAACGGUUGUUGAUGCUAUGAGCGUGGGGAUGUUCGUGCAGACGUUCAUGCUCGCGCUGACGGAGAGGGGGUUGGGAAGCUGUUUGCAGGUCAGCGUGACGGGAUAUCCGGAGGUGUUGAGGGAGGGGUUUGGAUUACCUGAGGAUCAAGCGAUUUUGUGUGGGAUUGCGGUGGGUUGGCCGGCGGAGCAUAAUCGGGUUAAUGAGAUAGUUGUGCCGCGGGAGGAGGUGGGAAGGGUGGUGACGAUGUUGAAUGAUUGA